CCAGACAGCGUGACAUCAACAAGCGGUUUGCAGCGGUCGGAGAUCAGCGCGGUUCGAUAGAAGAUUUCUGAAGGAAUCUUUUUCUCUUUUGGAUAUUUAAGUAUAACUGAAUAAGAUGGCAGUUACCCAAACUGGAUGUGACUUGACAUACUGCAGGAUGAGGGGGAUCGUGACAGUUCUCACCGCUUUCAUUAAAGAAAGAAAGAUGGGCUUAAACGACUUCAUCCAGAAACUGGUCUCCAAUCCUCCUAUUUGUCAACAUACUGAGGUUGAUUCCUUCUUAAAAAUUGAUGAGAACGAGAAUGAGGAGCUGGAAGAGAAUCACCUGUGUUUGACCAAUCCCAGGAGCUCUUUGGCUGAAGAAACUCAGAUCAAACCCUCAGAUUUUGACUACUUGAAGAUCAUCGGAAAGGGCAGCUUUGGAAAGGUUCUGCUUGCGCACCACAAGGAAAGCGAACAAUACUAUGCAGUGAAGGUGCUACAGAAGAAAAUCAUUCUGAAAAAGAAAGAGCAAAAGCAUAUCAUGGCAGAAAGGAGUGUAUUAAUGAAGAACAUCAAACAUCCAUUCCUGGUGGGUCUGCACUUCUCUUUCCAAACCACAGACAAACUGUACUUUGUACUAGACUACAUCAAUGGAGGCGAGUUAUUCUACCACCUCCAGCGAGAGAGGGUAUUUCUGGAGCCAAGAGCAAGGUUUUAUGCUGCUGAAAUUGCUAGUGCACUCGGAUACCUCCAUUCCCUGAACAUCGUUUACAGAGACUUAAAGCCUGAGAACAUCCUCUUGGACCCUCAGGGACACAUUGUGCUGACAGAUUUUGGUCUAUGCAAAGAGGGGCUUGAACCAAGCGGAACAACCACAACAUUCUGUGGAACUCCUGAGUACUUGGCACCAGAGGUUCUUCAGAAACAAGCGUAUGAUCGUACCGUAGAUUGGUGGUGCUUGGGAUCAGUACUGUUUGAGAUGCUGUAUGGCCUGCCUCCAUUCUACAGUCGCAACACAGCCGAGAUGUACAACAACAUUCUACACAAGCCUCUAGUUCUGAAGCCAAACGUGUCCAACGCUGGCCGUGAGCUGCUGGAGGGUCUGUUGCACAAGGAUCGAACCAAGAGACUGGGGUCGAAAGAUGAUUUUCUGGAACUGAAGUAUCACAGCUUCUUCUCGCCCAUCAACUGGGACGACCUCAUGGCCAAGAAAAUCACCCCUCCUUUUGUUCCCACAGUGUCUGGUCCCACUGACCUUCGGCACUUUGAUCCCGAGUUCACCCACCUACCUGUGUCUACCUCACUUUGCAACACCGAUAACCUGCACGUAACCAGCAGUGUACGGGAGGCGGCCGGAGCGUUCCCAGGUUUUUCUUACGGUCCCCCGGCUGAUCUUGCCUUCCAGUAAGGGCUUUCCACAUGCACUUCUCAAGAACGUCCAUUCCAGCUUCACUAGAACCAACAAGAUAGACAGUGGAGGCAGAGUCAACCCAGACGAAGGACCAGAGGGUGGGACAAUAAGCUCUUCCAAAUUUUGAGAUCACAUGUACAACCCGGACACAAUCCAGACACCUGUGGAUUUCUAAGAGGAGUGUGGGACGUUUAGAGCCUCGUACAAACUACUGCAAAAACUUCCAGAAAAGAUGCAAUAUGUGCCAAGACAUGAAUGCACAUAGGACCUGAGCUCCUAGUUAGCUUAGAAGUGCCUGAGAGGUUAAAUUAUGGUGACAAGACUGUGGAAAACAGGUCAAAUGAAAGACUAUGAGGAUGGGCGAAACGCCUUCCGUGACCUUUUUACAUUUGAUCAAUGGUUUAGACAAAAUGUCAUAUAAACAGUUCUUUUUAUGAUGUUUUAUUUAAUUGUAUUUUAAUGCAUCAUUGCACAGUGGAGGUUAAGGAUCAAGAAAAGUACAAUAUAUAUGGAUAGUCUGAAUGGGAAUAUUUGCAGUAUACAUUAACCUCAACUACUACAAGAGGAUACACAGGCUGUCCGACUUAAAUAUCAAUAGACUUUUGAAAGAAACCUUUAUCAUCUUCUUCCUAAUGACUAAAUUUAAUUUAAUAUCUGCAUUAUUGUUUUAGUAUGGCUUGUCUGAACUCUUCAAUUCAUAUUUAAAACUUCCCAAACUAUGUAAAGAGCUGUAGGCACAAGCUGUUUGCUUGGAUUUUUUGUCUGAAUGAAUAGAAGGCUUCCUGUGUUCCUCCGAAAAAGUAUGUUGUCUCUUACGCGUACUUUCUUUCCUUGUUUUCUCCAAUGCCAGCACUUUUACAUGAUAUGCCAGACACUGUGUUUCUUGGAUAGGCAAUGUUAGUAGUAAACUAGGUACAUUAAAUUAUUUUAGCACAUUUAGUGAGAUAGUAUAUAUGUUUUAUACCACAGAUAACGGUUAUCAAACAGACUGUAAUCAGAUUGUAUUUUAUCAUAGUUCUCUGUGUUGAUGGCUGUCCAUUGCAAACACAGCAUGUCUAUUAGAUUGUAUUGAAAUCACACUCAUCGUGUACAGAAGUUACAUGUAGUAGCCCUGAAAGAACGGUGUCUUUUUCUUCUUUUCUUUUCAAAUUGUGCCUGUUCAGCUAUGUAAUGUAUGUUGUGAUACAUUUCCAUGUAUGUCUAUCAUUCCUGUCUGCAUGUUCCUAGCUGGACAGGGAUAUGGAAUGCUGUGCAAUAGACGUGGUGACUUAAUUGAGAUGUGAACAAAUUGUCAUGCAAGGCAUUCUUGGGACGAUUGAGUGCUAUCGACUUGAUGAAGAAGAGGCAUUUGAAUGCCUCAUGAAACUCAUCCCUCUUUUCACUGUAAUAUAUUUAAUAUAUUUGGACCAGUAAUGUUCUUUACAUUGUUCUUUAGAUAAUGACAAACAUGGCAAUACAGAUAAAGUUUAUUUUCUUCCAUUUUUGGAAGCUACAUAUAUAUUGUUUUAUAUUUUUCCAUGUAUAUUUAUUUACAUGUCAAAUAUUUUACCUCUAAUGAUCAGAGUAUUACAUUUGUAGAAUUAUGAAAUAUUGGAGAAUGAUCUGAA